AUGAACAAAAAGUGUUUUCAGAGUCAUUUAGCAAAAAUUGAAAAUGAUGCGGAUCGCAAUUUUUUGUCACAAUUUUUCCAAGUGGAAGUCAGUAAUUUAACUGCAGCUUUUCGUAACAUUGGAAUAUGGAUUGGCGGACAUUCAGUGCUAAAUUAUACAGAAGCAACAUAUGUUUGGAAACCGGAAAAUUAUUUGAUUACAAAAUUUUACUGGAAGAACGACGAACCAAACAUUUAUAUUGAUUAUACCAAUGUUUGUGUCUAUAUCGAUGAUCGGUCACUGUAUUUAGAUUGGGCAACAACUUUAUGUACAGACGAAAAAUACUACAUUUGUCAACGCGAUGUUACAGAUACUGAAAAAAAAGAGAUGUUUGCUCAGUGUUAUUGUCCACCGGAAUAUUCGGGAACGUUUUGCGAAAAAGCAGUAGAAACAGGUAAUGCUAAAGAGCUUCAGCAAGUGAUUUGUUCUAAUGAAAAGCUGAACUUUAGUUGCUCUUCUGGUGAAAUUAUUCAAGUCGAUUUUGCAACAUUUGGGAAUAUUGGUGAGGUUCCAUCGCAUUGUAAGAGUUUAACAAGUGAAAUGCUUUUGGUUCCGCAAUCUGAUUUUUGCGCUAAUCCAGAGAGUCUUCAACGAAUUACUGCUCUAUGUGAAGGGCUGCGAGAAUGCACAAUACCUUCAAUUCCGAGUCACUUCCCAAAAAGUCCCUGUUUUGGAACACCAACUUCGUUAACCUAUCGAUUUCAAUGUGUAGAAGAAUCGCAGUCAAAAUGUCCCGGAGAUGGAAUUUACUACAAUGGACGUUGCUAUAGAGCAUACUUUGCAACUGCUGAAAAUGAACGCUUAACUUGGGAACAGGCCCAACAAAGCUGCCUUAAAAAAAGCGGUAUUUUGGCUUCGAUAACUGAUGAAACGUUACAUGAGCUAGUUGUGAACAGUGCUCGAACUUACUCAGACUCCGCUGACUACUGGGUGGCUGUGUGGACAAACGAUGAUUCGGACAUCAUUGUUGGGAAUAACAAAACUUUAGGCUUUGUACCUGGCGGAUCAACAAUUGUUGGCAAAAAUAAAUGUGUCGCAUACAAAAUAACUGAAACAGAAGCUAUCUGGAUGUCUGAAGAGUGUAAUAGCACCAAAAAUUGGAUCUGUGAAUCACCACCUGAACGUGAAACUCGAGCUGUCGAGGAAUACAAAGAACGGGAGAGAGAAGGAACCGUAUUCAUCGGAACACCACCGUAA